GUGUGAAGCUGACCUUUGGCGAGUGUGAACGAGUGCUGAGUGAUUUGCGAAGAACAAAAAAUGUACAAAUUUAUAUGCGUGUUGGCCUUUGCCGGUGCCGCUUAUGCGGCUAGCAUCGGUGCUGGCGUGGAAUCGACCACUGAAAAGCGUGAAAUCAUUCCGCUACUGCGCUAUGAGACCGACAGAAGGCCCGAUGGCUCCUUCAGCUUCUCCUACGAGGGCGGUGAUCAGAGUGCACGCGACGAGGCUGGCGUAGUGGAGAAUGUCGGUACUGAGGAGGAAACGCUCGAAGUCCAUGGCUCCUACCGUUAUAUUGAUGCCGAUGGCCAAGAGAUCGAAGUACACUACACCGCCGGCAAGAACGGUUUUGUGCCAAUUGGCACCAAUAUUCCCGCUGAAAUCUCAGAAGCCGCUAAAGCAGCCGCUGAUCAGCCCAAUGAACCUGUGGAAACGGAGAAAGUGAAGCGUUCGGCACAUUCGAACAAGGAAGGCAAGGAGGAGGAGGGCGAAGAGAAGGAGAAAGAAAGCAAAGGUGGUAAGCAAGACAAUGAGAAGGAGGGCAAAGAAGAGAAAGAAGGACAGAAGGAAAAAGAAGGCAAGGAAGAACAGGAAGUGAAAGGAAAGAAAGAGGAACAAGAAAAACCUGAACAAACCGCAAAAGUGGAAAAGGAAGAAAAACCUGAGAAAGAAGAGAAGGAGGGUAAGGCCGAAGAAGAUAAAAAAGGCGAAGCGAAAAAAGUAGAGCAAUCGGAAAAGCCUGAGAAGUCCGAGAAGUCGGAAAAAUCCGAAAAGUCGGAAAAGCCUGAGAAGUCUGAGAAACCUGAAAAGUCGGAAAAAUCCGAGAAGUCCAAAAAAUCUGAAAAAGAAGAAUAGUAGGUCAUCUUGAAAAUACAGUGAAACCCUCUACAUCUGAAAACUGGCAAAGGACUUCAUGUUCAUGAUACAGACUUACCCAAGAAAAAGAACGAACAAAUUAAAAAGUUGAGUUGUAAGGUUGAAGAUUUUAUCUACGUUCCGACACUGCGACAUGUAUAGUAUUUGUAAAAAUUUAGUUUUUGUAAGCGCGUCUGACACAUUUCAAAACUGGUUGUUAUAAUUACAUAAGUAUCUAGUUUUAAAGUGAAAUU